CCCGAUCUCAUCCUAGGACCUUGCGCGCAUUUGUCACUCUAUCCAAAUUAACGAGAGGCUCGCUCAGAUAAUCUCGACAUCUCCAAGGAUCGCUCGACAAGGUGUAACAAAGGACUCUUCUGCCAUUGUGCCGCAACCACCGCAAAGGCGCGAUCUCUCUACCUACUCGACCCUCCCAGUGAGGCGAAUCUCCUUCUCCCCGCCCUGUACAUACAUCUAUCGGAUCCUCUUUCCUAUACAAUGUCAACUAUCGCGCUCGAGACGCCGCUGGCCGAAGCGCUCAGCAGCGCUGUGCACUCCAAGAUUGUGGAAGAAGGCUGGACACAAGAUGACGACACCUCGUUAGCCGAAUAUAUCGUCCUCAUGCUUGCCAACGGCAAGACCCAGAAUCAAAUCGCAUCAGAGCUUGCUGGCGAGCUAUUGCAGGAUGCGAAAGGAACGACCGAAUUCGCGCAAUGGCUGUUCGAUCAAGUCAAUCUUUUGUCUGGCGGUGCAGCAGUUUCUGAUCCGGCUGCUACAUCACAGCCAUCAGAUCAAUCGCUACAGGGCGCCGCACCCACUUCGCAAUCUCUGGGCACUGCAGAGAAUGGAAAUUCUUCAAUACCCGCCGCAUAUGACAUGGACAUGGUUGAUAAUGCACCUGAAAAUGCACCUCGAGGCCCUAAAGGCUUACACGGCGGCCGACCUGUCGGUAGGGGUGGGCGAGGCGGCGCAAUCAACAAGUCCGGCGAUUCAGCUUUACACCGAGUCCGUGGCAGCGACCGAAUAAACUCUCACGGCAACAUGCGCGGUGCGCCGAAAGGACCGCGCAACAUCCAGAACAGAGAUGUGCGCCCUGGCAUGCAAAAAGCGCUGAAUAUGGGCAUGACCGGUUCUGCUCAAGGGAUGCAGAACCCGAUGAUGAUGAACGGCGCACAACAAGGUCAAGGGAUGAUGCAGAUGACCCCGCAGCAACAGAUGGAAUUUAUGGCUAUGAUGGAACAACAGACGCGCAUGCUGGCACAGUUUACUGGAAUGAUGCCAGGAGCGCCGAACCCUGCAUUCUCACAAGGCGCCAACCAGUCGAACAAUCAAGGUCGGUCCUUGUUUGAUAGAGUCGAGCCCGGGCGUGGCCGCGGAGGUGGUCGGGGUCGGGGUCGAGGAGGCAACAGCCAGAAUGGCCACAUCAAGUCUCCUACGAAAGCAAGCGACCAAGACACGGCCAUGGAAGGCGAUGGUCAGACGCCCGCCGCCGAAGCAUCUACGACAGAUGCGCAGACGACCAGUGAGGGUGAACGAAAACCACAGGAUCCGGCCAACACCAUGUGCCACUUCAACCUUCGCUGUACCAACAAAGACUGCCCAUAUGUCCACCAAUCUCCCGCUGCGCCCGAGGGAACCAUCGUUGACAUGUCCGAGACAUGCACAUUCGGUCCUGCGUGCAAGAAUUCGAAGUGUGUUGGAAAGCAUCCUUCUCCGGCGCAAGUCAGGGCAUUCCAGGCACAAGAGCUAUGCAAGUUCUUUCCCAAUUGCACCAAGCCCAACUGUCCUUUUAAGCACCCGACAAUGCCCUUGUGCAGGUUUGGAGCCCAAUGCAAGACUCCCAAUUGUCCGUUUACCCACUUGCAGGUACCCUGCCGCUUCAACCCGUGCACGAACCUGAGAUGUCCGUACAAGCAUGAACCUGGACAGCAGAAGACGACUAAUUUCGCCGAUUACACCUGGACACCGGAUAAGCAGGCCGAACAGGACGCAAGCAAGGAACAUGUCAGUGACAGGAAGUUUGUGGAUGAUCAAGCUGGAGAGGAGGAACUCAUCAAGCCAGAGACAAGUACAGAAACACAGAUACGCGAGGAAGUGAUUACCUAAGGGAGGUAACCAGCUGAACGAAGGAUAUUGGAAGGAUAGAACAUGGUUGGGAAGGCAAGCUGAUGCUUCGUCGUCGGCCGAAUGUAUUUGUACAUUAUGAACUCAAAGCAUACCAGCCGUCACCUGUGCUAGGCUGACUGGGCUUCUGAUAAUGAUGGAUCAGAGACGGCAUUGACGCCGACGGGUUUGAAAUCAAAAACAAACGUUCCGGGGUUGCACGCGCAUUGGGUUUGACUCUAUAUCUACGUCCUGUCUGUC